AUGAACAUUGAUAUAGACGAUAUACUGGCCGAUUUAGAUAGAGACACGACAGCUGUGGAUUCUUCGCUGAUCACACAAGGACAUAACGACACGACAGUAUUGGGGAGCGAUGGCAUCCCACUGAAUAAACAGCGAGUCGUACCCGCCGCAAUUUCACCGGUUAGUGACUUCCAGACGCUUAUGAGGUUUUGGAGAAACGAACGUAUGAGUCCUGAGCUCUUGCCCUAUCCGCAUUUGUUGAUGGAGCGAACGCUACGCAGAAUUCAAGACCAACUUGAACAUAUCGAAUGCGUCUCGAUGGGCUAUCUGGAAGAACAAUCGGGUAGCGCCGAAAACACAUCGGAAUCGGUGGGAAGCACUGCGCUGCUUAAUAAACUCCCGUUGCUAUGCAUGGAGGCCGAUUUAGAACGACUGAAAUUCGUGGUGAGGAGCUUGCUGCGAUGCAGGUUGGCCAAGAUCGACAAAUACAGUCUAUAUCUGAGGCAAUUUGACAGCGAGCAUGGGGUGGUGCCCAUCAGUGAGCUGCUAUCGCGUCAGGAGCUCGAAUAUCAUGAACGACACUCCGCGAUGUUGCUCAAACUACUCAACAACUCCAUUUUGCGCCAUAUGCCACCGGAAGCGCAGGCCGUGGACGAUAACGACGGGUCUGUGAAGAUGGUGGACGAACCAGAGUGGGACCGCUUUGUUUUUGUCUACGUCAACGGGCCCGAUACGAAGCAGGGCGUAGAUCCCAGGCUACAAGUAAACGAAUUGGGCCAGCAAUUCUAUCCAGUUUCUAUCCAAGAACUUCAUGAGGAAGCAGAGCUCGCACUCGGGGGGAUCUACGUAAUGCGCUACAAUGUUGUAAGGGAAUUGGUAUUGGACGACAUGGUUCAAUUGAUCUAG